AUGCCUCCCAAGAAGAAGCUCGUGCGCGUUGCCAUGUGCCUCAAGGGAUGUGGCGACGUGGGGAUUACCGAGCUCGGUGAUGUGUGCUUGGACUGCCACACGCAGGCAGCCAUUCUGCGCGAUCGACCGGCACCUGAAUUCCUAACCAGCACUCCAGCAGUGGAUUCACUGCCAAUAGCACUGUCAGCCAAGCAGCAGUGGCAGGCUUUUCAGACGCUGCCGCGUGAGGCCGAGGCGCCAACCAUCGUUCAAGGCGAGAUCAACCAGUUCACACAGGAUGCCGCAGCCACCCACGCCCGUCAAUUACAGCUACAGCAAUACAUGGUCGCGUCGAGCGCUGGCGAAGAAGUCGACAAGGCCAUUUGGCGCCAAUUUCAAGCCAUCACCGACGAACCCUCGACUUAA